AUGGCUGAAGAUAUGAUCCCUGGGACAUUAUUUUUCAACUUUCCCGGUUCUUCUAAAAAUGAGCCACCUCCCCCUGAGCAGCCCGCUUCCGAAGAUGCUCGUGCUGGCGACGCUCCUCCUGACGACGCUCCUCCUGAAAACGCGCCCCCUGAAGACAAUGUUCCCGAAGACGAUACCGUGGAAAACCAAACGUGUGAACGAAUGGAUAAAAGAGAAUUCUGCUUUCAGGUUUCCGCAAAACAUAUGAUGUUUGCCUCCUCAUUUUUCAAGAAAGCUCUCACCGGCGCUUGGAAAGAAAGCGAAACCUAUCAGCAGAAAGGCUCAGUUGAGAUUACUGCGGAUGGUUGGGAUUCCGAAGCGCUCCUCAUUAUUCUUCGUGCGAUACAUUGUCAAUACAACCAAAUACCAAAAAAGGUGACCCUAGAAAUGCUCGCUAAGAUUGCAGCUAUAGCCGACUACUACGAUUGCAAAGAUGUUCUUUACAUAAUGACAGAUAUAUGGUUCGGUUCCCUGGGCGAAAAGGCUCCGACAAGUUCACGAGACUUGGCUCUCUGGCUGUGGGUCGCUUGGUUUUUUAAACUCCCAAAAAAGUUCUCAGAGUACACUUCACUUUUAAUGUCACGGAGCGAUGAUUUGAUUGGUUUCCGGGGCCUUCCAAUCCCCGCUAGAGUAACCGGUAAGGGAAGAUGUAUCCGAAAGUUGUAUGGUUCCUAA